CCAAACAACAACUCGACGGCGCAUGUUUGACCUUCGGCAAGGUGACCGCAUCUCAGUUGGAGAAUCGCUGUUUUCACUUGUAGUGCAGCUGUGGUUUCGAGCGGGUCGCACUUUGAGUAACUCUCCGUCUUCUUAGGAGUUCAGAGUUCUCUUGGGUAUUUAAUUGUCCUGUAGAGACUGAUUGGUGAACUAAACGGUGGUCAGCAGUUGUUGAGUGAUUUCGUGGUAUAGCCGAAGUGUUUGUCCGAAAAAAUGUCCAAACCACAGUCCGAUGAGCAGAAGAGGAAGCAGAUCAGUGUCCGCGGUAUUUCGGUACUGGAGGAUGUGAACGAGAUCAAGAGAGGCUUCAACCGCCAUCUCCACUACACCUUGGUCAAGGAUCGUAAUGUGGCCACGGUGCGAGAUUACUACUUUGCCUUGGCCCACACCGUAAAAGAUCAUCUGGUGUCACGCUGGAUCCGAACUCAGCAGCAUUACUAUGAAAACGAUCCCAAGCGCGUCUACUACCUGUCGCUGGAGUACUACAUGGGUCGUUCGCUGCAGAACACCAUGAUCAACUUGGGCAUCCAAACCUCCUGCGAUGAAGCCAUGUACCAGCUGGGUCUGGACAUCGAAGAGCUGGAGGAGCUAGAAGAGGAUGCCGGUUUGGGUAACGGAGGUCUCGGCCGUUUGGCGGCUUGCUUCCUUGAUUCGAUGGCAACCCUGGGAAUGCCUGCUUACGGUUACGGUAUCCGCUAUGAGUACGGUAUCUUCGCCCAAAAGAUCAAGAAUGGCGAGCAGAUUGAGGAACCCGAUGAUUGGCUGCGUUACGGAAACCCAUGGGAGAAGGCUCGUCCGGAGUAUAUGAUUCCAAUCCAUUUCUACGGACGUGUGAUCGAUACCGCCGAGGGUAAGAAGUGGGUCGACACCCAAACCGUGUUUGCCAUGCCUUACGAUAACCCUGUGCCUGGAUAUGGCAACAACUUCGUGAAUACUCUUCGUCUGUGGUCGGCCAAGUCUCCCAUUGACUUCAACCUGAAGUUCUUCAACGAUGGAGACUACAUUCAAGCCGUGUUGGAUCGUAACUUGGCUGAGAACAUUUCCCGUGUUCUGUACCCGAACGAUAACUUCUUCGAGGGUAAGGAAUUGCGUCUGAAGCAGGAAUACUUCAUGUGCGCUGCCACCCUGCAAGAUAUCGUCCGCCGUUACAAGUCCUCUAAGUUCGGUUCCCGUGAUGCCGUUCGCACAUCGUUCGAAGACUUCCCGAGCAAGGUCGCCAUUCAACUGAACGAUACUCAUCCAUCGUUGGCCAUUCCUGAGUUGAUGAGAAUUCUAGUCGACGAUGAAAAGCUUUCCUGGGACAAGGCUUGGGAUAUUGUAGUGCGCACUUGUGCCUACACAAACCACACCGUGCUUCCGGAAGCUCUGGAGCGUUGGCCAGUGUCGCUCCUGCAGUCCAUUCUGCCUCGCCAUCUUGAGAUUAUCUACCACAUUAACUUUUUGCAUUUACAAGAAGUUGAGAAGCGUUAUCCUGGAGACUUUGGCAAGAUGCGUUCUCUUUCGCUGGUUGAAGAGGAUGGAGACAAGCGCAUCAACAUGGCCAACCUUUCUAUUGUUGGUUCGCAUGCUGUGAAUGGUGUCGCUGCCAUCCACUCGGAAAUCAUCAAAAAAGACAUCUUCAAGGACUUCUACGCAAUGACUCCAGAGAAGUUCCAGAACAAGACCAACGGUAUUACUCCACGUCGUUGGCUGCUUCUGUGCAACCCAGGUCUGUCGGAUCUUAUUGCGGAUAAGAUUGGAGAUGAAUGGCCAGCGCAUCUUGAUCAGCUGACCAGGCUGAAGGCAUUUGCCAAGGAUCCAACAUUCCAGCGAGAUGUAGCCAAGGUCAAGCAAGAAAACAAACUGAAGCUCGCUCAGCUAUUGGAAAAGGAUUACGGCGUGAAGAUCAAUGCUGCCUCGAUGUUCGAUAUCCAGGUUAAGCGUAUCCAUGAGUACAAACGUCAGCUGCUGAACUGCUUGCACAUCAUCACCUUGUACAACCGCAUCAAGCGUGACCCAACAGCCAACUUCACUCCACGUACUAUCAUGAUCGGAGGAAAGGCUGCCCCUGGAUACUAUAUUGCCAAACAAAUCAUCAAACUGAUCUGUGCCGUUGGCAAUGUCGUCAAUAACGAUCCUAUUGUCGGCGAUAAGCUGAAGGUUAUCUUCUUGGAGAACUAUCGAGUCACGUUGGCCGAAAAGAUCAUGCCAGCUGCUGAUCUGUCUGAACAGAUCUCCACUGCUGGUACUGAAGCCUCCGGAACUGGAAACAUGAAGUUCAUGUUGAACGGUGCCUUAACCAUCGGUACCCUGGAUGGUGCCAACGUUGAAAUGGCCGAGGAAAUGGGCAACGAUAAUAUCUUCAUUUUCGGCAUGACUGUCGAUGAAGUCGAAGACCUGAAGCGACGUGGAUACAACGCCUACGACUACUACAACUCCAACCCAGAUAUCAAGCAGUGCGUUGAUCAAAUCCAGAACGGAUUCUUCAGCCCAGGAAAUCCUCAUGAAUUCACAGACAUCGCCAACGUGCUGAUGAAGUACGAUCGCUACUAUCUAUUUGCUGAUUACGAAGCGUACAUCAAGGCACAAGAUAUGGUUUCCGCCACUUAUCAGAAUCAAUCGAAAUGGCUUGAAAUGUCCAUCAAUAACAUUGCAUCCAGCGGAAAGUUCUCCAGCGAUCGCACCAUCGCCGAAUACGGUCGCGAAAUCUGGGGCAUUGAACCAACGUGGGACAAGCUGCCCAACCCAUCCGAAGCACCCCACAAUAAGUAAAGCACCUUCCCGUUGGAGUCGGUGUACGAGCGAAACACGUGCAGCAAAUAGGUACACUGCCACUGAGCAAAAUCGGUUACUGUCACAGCAGAAUGGGAAGAAAAAUAUGCUUAGAAGCGUUGGCGAAAACUAUUGAGACUUUGAUUCACUUUCCUAUCGGUGUAUGAUUUGUCUGCGCAAAGAACGGACUUUUCGUCUCUCAACGUUUAGUGUUAGGAAUGCAAGCAAUCAUUUACUCGAAACGGUUUGCUUGACCGCAAAAUGGAUGGAACGAGGAGUAGGCAACAAAUGAAACAAAACCUAGUUAAAAAUAAAUUUCAAAUUGUCAAAUAAAUACUGUUAUCGAUGUGUGUCGUUAGAUGUAAUUUGCAUGGUUAAAUAAAAAUAGAACACAACACGAUCCACAAGCAAACAAACAACACAACUGUGUACUCAUCAAAUCAAACAUUUUAAUUAGGGUGCCAUCAAUUAGAUAUUAUGCUUUUCAUUUAUCUAUAGCUUAGCAAACAACGGGGAAAGAGACAGCAAGUAGAACAAAUGAUAUUAGUAACUAAUCGAAGCAAAACAUGUAGCAGCUAAAAUUGUAGAUCAUCAAGUCCAGCAGAUGGAGCAAAUUAGAAACAAAAUUAAACUACCUAACAAAGAUUCUGUUGCAAAAUUUGAGCAUCUUAUUGUUAUUAAUAUAUUUCCUUUUAUUUUUUAUAUGAAAUAAACUUAUUACCUUGGAAA